AUGGCGCCCCAACCAAGCGACGACCCAAAUGAUCCUCUCAACUUCGCCUUCAACAAAAAGCUCCGGAUCUUCGUGAUCACUGGUUUGGGCACAUGUAUCUGGGGCGCCACAUUGGGCCCAUUGCUCAACGCCAGCCUGGCAGAUAUCUCUGUGCAACUCCAGAUACCUUUCACGGAUGCCGUCAUUGCUUCAGGCUACCAACCGCUGGCAGUCGGCUGCUCCAUCAUGCCCGUCAAUGCCUUGGCCCGUCGGUGGGGUAAGCGGCCAGUAUUCCUAGUCUCUGGACUUCUGGGCAUCAUCGGUAGUGCCAUAGGGGCCGCCGCGGCCAACUAUCACAUGCUUGUUGCUGCUCGACUGGUACAGGGUCUUUCUGGCGCCGCCUACGAAUCUCUGGCUCUGUCGAUGAUUGGCGAUCUUUACUUUGUCCACGAGCGUGGCUUCUACAUGUCAAUCAUGACGUUCUUGCUGGCCUCCGUGUCCAACUUUGGCUCAAUUCUCUGUGGUCCCAUCACGACGCAUCUGGGGUGGAAGUACCUCUUCAACUUCUUGAUCCUCUUUGGCGGCCUGCAGACACUCCUUCAGUUUUUAUUCGUCCCUGAAACUCAAUUCCGACGCGACCACAAGUAUGACAUUGAUGAGACUGGCAAAGUUGAGAUCGAGGAUGUCAAUGCAGCACCGACAGGCAAGGAACUUGAGCCUCAGGUCAGCGUCGAGCGUCUACUCGCACGAGAACCUGCUUCAGCUCUGUUUGGGUCCUCUGGCGUCUUCACGACUUUGCCAGUCGCGUUCUGCCUCAUCAUGGGCGGAUACUUCCUGUCACUGUAUGUAAUCGUGGCAUAUCUUCUGGCGCAGUUCUUCAGUCCACCACCUUAUCUGUUCAAUGCAAGCGAGGUCGGGUAUCUCUUCGCUGGUCCAUUCAUAGGAGGACUCCUGGCGUCGACCGUCCUCAGCUUGGUCUCCGAUCCCAUCGUCAAGUGGUGUGUUCGCAAGAACAAAGGUGUUUAUGAGCCCGAAUAUCGCCUUCUGCUCUGUCCUGUCGGUCUGGUCUCGGUUGCUGGAUUCAUCGCUUGGGGCUAUGUUGUCCAACAGCAGGGGUCAUACAUCCUGGCCGCCUUUCUCCACGGCAUGGGUCUCUUUGGCAUCACCUUCGUCCUGGUUACCACGUCGAACUACAUGCUUGACUCAUAUCGAAGUAUGAGCUCCGAGAUCUUCCUCGCCAGCAUGUGCGUCAAGAACUUCCUCAUAUAG